AUGCCCAUCCGUAAUCCCUUCCGUCGUGCGCCCGAAGCAAGCGAUGAGGCGCCGCGCAAUGCGCCCGACAAUGAAUUCCAGAACACAGCAGUCUCUGGCGGGCCGUCGCUGCAGAUCAAGGAUUCCACCGAGUAUAAGCUGAGUGAGAUAAACGACAGCGGAGUGUACCUGCCCCCCUCCCCACAGCAGGAGAAGCCCACCUUCUGGCACUCCAAAUCGAAUACCUCGACCACAUCCUCCAAUCACCGAAGCCUACUAGCCGAGACGGAGCCUUUCAACAUAUCGCGCGAGAGUUUCGACUCCUACAGACGGUCGUUCGACAUUUCCGCACGAUCACCCAUUACAGAUAUGACCGCAGAGACGUACCCGCGGCAAUCACUCGAUGCACGACGAUCUUUGGACGUAAGGCACUCCCUCGAUGUCCGCCGCUCACGAGCAACACCUCGAUCAUCUAUGCAGCAAGGUCGUCCGAGCGAGAGCACAGACCGAGUGCCGGAGGAGGGGUUCGAGGACGUGGGUCUGAACGACGAGCCAAAGCCAGCGCCAGCGAAGAAGCGCGGCAUUUUCUCGCGAUUCGGCGACAACAGCAACGCAGACAACAAGCAAGAGGAACGGCCUUCUGGCCAUCACUUCUCGCUAACCGGACGAAAGCGCGCCGAGAGUGGCAAGGGCGAGGAGUUGAAGCCGAUGGGACGGCCGUCAAGUGAUGUGCCUGUCGAGACACGAUAG